AUGGUGGUCCUAGUCCGAGUCUGGGUCACGUCACAAGCCCUUGCUCAUGACAACAUGGGUCCCAUCACCAGCGCCUGGCCCCUGCCCAUCCAGUCUUCAGGUUCUCAGCAGGACAGCUCAAGGGGUGGGGUGGGUAACAAGAGUUUUGGGUCCCAGGAGCCCGACAAAUUCUUCUUCCCAGUCUCCUUCACCUCCGAGAAACAGCAGCCCCCUAAAAGUCUGUCAAACUGGGAGCCGUUCACGUGGCCGGGCCUAGCCUAA